CAUUUGUCGCUAUGAUAUUCUCUAAAUUAAUGUGGUGGUGUUUAAUUCAUUGCUAGAGCCGACUGAUCAAGUACGAGGGCAAGUUCCAAUGUAUAUGUAGUCGCCACAAAUUAAAACCUACUUGAGCUUUAAAAAAAACAAUCGUUUUGAACCACAGAUUAAAUUGAUUCGAUGGACGUUGAAAAAGAAGUUGAAAUGUUGAAAGAAGAGAUCAAACGUCUCUCUGAGGAAUCCAACUCUGAUGGACGGCCAGUCGUGACGUUCGGAGUUCUUUUUGCCGACGAUAAAUGUGCCAACAUCUUCGAAGCUCUAGUUGGAACCCUCAAAGCCGCCAAAAAGAAGAAGAUAGUCUCGUAUGAUAGCGAGCUGCUUUUGCAGGGUGUGCACGAUGACGUGAAGAUUACACUACUAGUCGAAUAAUUCUGCUGUUUCCAAAAGGACGCAACCAUUCGCAUUGAAUUAAUCUGCUUUCCGAUGAUGCUUUUCAUAGUUUUAUUUCAGUCAAUCAAUAUUCGUUACGUCCAAUCUUAAAGAAAUUGUUUAAAAAAUAAUUUGUUAAUAAAUAUAAGAAUUGAUUUUUUGAAAGCUUG